AUGGCCGCCCUCCAACCAACAUCAUCCGGCCUAAUCGCCAAACUCCCCAUCCGCCUCCGCAACUUCUUCGCCCGCUACCCUCCCCAGCACUACUCCGCGGCCGCCGUACCACCCCUCGACCCAAAUCUCCCUCCAGCACCAACACCCGACGCCCUUCCCUCCCCCUACACGCCAAACCGCGACGCCAAGGGCCACGAGCGCCCCGACCCCUCAGUGAUCAGCCCCUCGCGCGCCCUCCUGACUUCCGCCAACCCCGAGUAUCACAACCCGUUCCUCCCGCGCAAGAACUUCCGCACGGGGAAAUGGGUCGGGCCACGGUUUGGCUUGCGCCAGCAGGCGGAUCUCGUUAAGCUGGCGGCCAAGUAUAAUGUUGAGUCGCUGCUGCCGCCCGGGAAGAAGAGCACGGAAUACAAGGAGACGAGGAGGGCGGAGCGCGGUCUCCAGGUCAAGGGUACGGGUAUUGGGCAGAAGGUUAAGGGUCACAAGUGGGAGAGGACGAUGGAGGGAAGGCUCGAGGACCGGAGGAAGGCGAUGACGGAGAUGCCGGAGAUGAUCCGGUUGUGGAAGCAGAGAGGUCAUGGUCGUGGUUGGAAGAAGUGGCCCAAGAGGUAA